CAGUUGUAAUCGUGCUAUCCUCUCGUUGACACGUGCACCGUGUGCGCGCGUACGGUUUUUGCGCUUACAGGUGUACAAAAGUGUGCAAGGUUAAACAUUUGGCAAAAGUUAGUUGUUAUUAGUAAAACAGUAGUGCACAGCCAGCCACCUACGUCCAUCAUGUAUAUGUACGAUCCGCCAACGAAAAACAAUUUUACCUCCGUCGAAGAAUUCCAGGAGGCGUUCAACCUGUUCGACAACCGAGGUGAUGGCAAGAUUCAGCAGCAGCAAAUCGGCGAAUGUCUGCGGGCCCUCGGCCAGAAUCCGACGGAAUCGGAGGUGAAGAAGUUCACCAUGGCACUGAAGCCGGACGAGCGGGUUUCGUUCGAGGUGUUCCUGCCCAUCUACCAGGGCAUCUCGAAGCAGCGCACUGCGGAGACGGCGGACGAUUUCAUCGAGGGUUUGCGCCACUUCGAUAAGGAUGCGAGCGGUUUCAUCUCGUCGGCCGAACUGCGGCAUCUGCUGACGACGCUUGGCGAGAAGCUGGGUGACGAUGAGGUUGAACAGCUCCUCCAAAACCAAGAGGACUCACAGGGUAACGUGAACUACGAGGAGUUCGUGCGAAUGGUCAUGAGCGGUUAGGCGCGGGGACACAACGAGAAUAUACAAACAUUCGCACGGUGGUUGGCACGUGGGCAAAGCGCGUGGUCCAGCAUCAUGUGAGGAAGGUUCCCCCCCCCCCCCCCCUUCUCCUGUGCGACGUCGUAAAUCCGGAUCUCGUGCCAAAUCACCAACCAACCAACCAACCAGCACCACUAGCAUUAGGAGGAAGUUAGGGCGCGAUCGACCCUGCAGCGUUUGGGUGUUUUGGGGCAGGCGAAACGGAUAAACAUUUACUUAAGCAUAUUACUUCAUUAUGCAUUCCCUGCGCAACACAACAGCACUCUGCACACGAUAUAGAUACAUUUUGCAUUUCUACAAGCUUAUCAUCAGCUUCUCCACAAAAUCACACAGAGGCAGUCGUUGAGUUGAGUUUGUUGUUUCUGGAAACGUUUUUAAAAUCUCCUGCUGUUGCAAAUGGCUGUCCCAUACGGCUGCCAUCGAAAAUUGAAAGUAUUUAACUCAACUGUGACAAUAAGCCGCCCGUUCUGUGGUUUUCUGUUAUUCGGAUAUUGUGUGUUUUUGCCACCCAUGUUUGCUUUGAUCACACCGAAUUGGCUUAUAUUCGGAAAAUGUAUUCUGGCCGCGCGUAUGAUAGAGACGCUGUUGAGCAACGUCUCCUGGUUGUACUUUCUAUCAUUCAAAAUAAUACAAACGGAUUGGAUUGGAUUGCGCCGCGUAACUAUCGGUGGAUACGAAGACGGGUGUUAAACAGACAGAUUUAUUUGUAAUUGCGCCUUGCGUUGCGUUCUACACGCUGGAAACACGAUUCAUUUUAACGAUUUCUGAAACAAUAAACUAUAAUUCUAUACGCUA